AUACGGUAAGGUAGCCGCAGCCAACUUCGCUUCGCUUAUGACUAGUAGAAAUUCUGUUUUUGUGUUGCCGACAAAAAAAGUCAGAAAGAUUGUUAAAGGUUGUGGAAACUAGUUGCAGCACAGAAGCAAAAUGGGACAAAACCAAUCGGCCCAAGGGGGCGCUGGCGACAAGAAGGAUGACAAGGACAAAAAGAAGAAGUACGAGCCCCCGAUCCCGACCCGCGUCGGCAAGAAGAAGCGUCGCGCAAAGGGUCCAGAUGCGGCCAUGAAGCUGCCCCAGGUGACGCCCCACACCCGCUGCCGAUUGAAGCUGCUGAAGCUGGAGCGGAUCAAGGACUACCUCAUGAUGGAGGACGAGUUCAUCCGCAACCAGGAGCGCCUGAAGCCCCAGGACGAGAAGAACGAGGAGGAGCGCUCCAAGGUGGACGACCUGCGCGGCACACCCAUGUCUGUGGGCAAUCUGGAGGAGAUCAUCGACGACAACCACGCCAUCGUGUCGACGUCUGUGGGCUCCGAGCACUACGUGAGCAUUCUGUCCUUCGUGGACAAGGACCAGCUGGAGCCGGGCUGCUCCGUGCUGCUCAACCACAAGGUGCACGCUGUGGUGGGAGUGCUCAGCGACGACACUGACCCCAUGGUCACGGUGAUGAAGCUGGAGAAGGCGCCGCAAGAGACGUACGCAGACAUCGGUGGACUUGACACUCAGAUCCAGGAGAUCAAGGAGUCCGUCGAGCUGCCGUUGACACAUCCCGAAUACUACGAGGAGAUGGGCAUCAAGCCGCCCAAGGGUGUCAUUCUCUACGGUCCCCCGGGCACAGGAAAGACCCUGCUGGCUAAGGCGGUGGCCAACCAAACCUCGGCGACGUUCCUGCGUGUGGUGGGCUCUGAGCUGAUCCAGAAGUACCUGGGUGACGGGCCCAAGUUGGUGCGAGAGCUCUUCCGCGUGGCCGAGGAGCACGCACCCUCCAUUGUGUUCAUCGACGAAAUCGACGCUGUGGGUACAAAGCGCUACGAUUCGAACUCUGGUGGCGAGCGUGAGAUCCAGCGUACUAUGCUGGAGCUGCUCAACCAACUGGAUGGCUUCGAUUCGCGCGGAGACGUCAAGGUGAUCAUGGCCACCAACCGUAUUGAGACCCUGGAUCCGGCGCUAAUUCGUCCCGGUCGUAUUGAUCGCAAGAUUGAGUUCCCGCUGCCCGACGAGAAGACCAAGCGCCGCAUUUUUACCAUCCACACCUCGCGCAUGACCCUGGCCGAGGACGUGAACCUCAGCGAACUGAUCAUGGCCAAGGAUGAUCUCUCCGGCGCCGAUAUCAAGGCUAUUUGCACGGAGGCAGGCCUCAUGGCGCUGCGUGAGCGCCGCAUGAAGGUGACCAACGAGGACUUUAAGAAGUCGAAGGAGAGCGUCCUCUACCGGAAGAAGGAGGGCACGCCCGAGGGCCUGUAUUUAUAAGUCGCAAAAGGAUCUAUAUUUUCAGUUAAUUUUGAUAAUUCCCAAAAAAAUCCAUUAAACCACAUUAACACUAA